AUGCGGCGAGAGUGGAUGCCCCUCAUGCAGUUGAUAUACGCCACCGUCGCCAUGCUGUUCCUCCUGAUUAGCACCUGUAUGGCCACAACGCACGGCCCUCAGCGCAUCCUGAAAGCAUCUGUUGGAAAGACGGCAUGCCUGGACACUUGUUCUAGAGACACACUGGCCUAUAGAAAUGCAGGACCCGUCCAAGAGCUGAGGGCGAAAUCAAGGGAUAGUUUUGGAAGACGACUGAUAACGAGAUAUUACUUCAUUUUGUUGCUUUCCUCAAUUAUAUUCUGCUCUACUGAUUUUGAUGUUAUUCAGGAAGAUAAUGUAAAAAUAGUUGAAGCUGACUCGGAUGUAAACUUUACCUGCACAUUCCCAUGGCUUGUACAAUCAACAAAAACAUGGAUUAAACAGACGAAUAAUGGAAAAUCCCUACAAAUUGUGUCUUUAUAUGAACGUCAAAAGCCAAGCUGGAAUCACAACUUAGAGAAAACAAAUCGUUUUAAUGUUGCCAAAGGAGAACUUUAUUUUAAUCUGACCAUUUUCAAGACGAAGCCUUCAGACUCUGCAACAUAUUACUGUGUAGUUUCAUCAUAUCAGGGUACUGGAAUGGGUUCAGGAACUCGAUUACUUGUCAGAGACGCAGUCGCAGACAGAAACACAACUCUUCAUCAGUCUUUGAUAGACACUGUUGAUCCAGGAGAUUCAGUGAAUUUGCAGUGCAGCAUCUUCACUGAGAGCUGUGCAGGAGAUCACAGCGUCUACUGGUUCAAACAAAGCUCAGGAGACUCUGAAGGAGUGCUUUACACCAAAGGAGAGAGAAAUGGCCGCUGUAAGAACAACACUGAGUCUCAAACACAGAGCUGUGUCUACAGUCUCCACAAGAACAACAUCAGUCACUCUGAUACUGGCAUUUACUACUGUGCUGUGGCCGCAUGUGGAGAAAUACUGUUUGGAAGAGGAACUCAACUGAAUAUUAGAGAAAGUGAUUUUAAUCCUGCUCUUCUUGCUUUGGGAAUUUCAAAUAUCCUAUUUUUGGCCCUUGUUGUUUUUCUGGGAAUCAAACUUUGUAGAAGUCAGAUUAAAACAUCUGCUGCUCAAACAACUCAGAUGACGGGUAUGGCGGAAAUGGGUCUAAAGUUUUUGAGAUCAGAUGAAUUUAGUGAGGCCUUCUUGAGCAAAGGUGUGACGGUAACAGGAGAAAAGUUAGUAAAAACAGAUACAGGGAGAUGGCAGUUUAAGGGAUCCACUGAGACCCCAGAUGGGCUCAUUUGCGACCUUAAAAUUGUAAUCGUCACAGAAGUAGUUCAGGAAGCUCUCACAUAA